AAUAAUUACUAGGCAAACAAUAUGACAAAUGCAUUAGAGAAUAUUGACACAAAAAUAAAAACACCAGCAAAGGAAUCUUUAUUAACACCUAGAUUUUACACAACAAAUUUUGAAGAGAUUGCUUUAAUGGAUAUAUCAAAGUCUUUACCUGAAUUAAAAGCUAUUUUAAAGGAAUUUCGUAAUGAUUAUAAUCGUAAUCAUUUUGUACGAGAUAAAGAAUUUGAUAAAAAUUGGAAUAAUUUAGAUGAAAAAACAAAAAAUUUAUUUAUAGAAUUUUUAGAAAGAUCAUGUACAGCAGAGUUUUCAGGUUUUUUAUUAUAUAAGGAACUUUCAAGACGCUUAAAAAAUACUAAUUCAAUAUUAGCCAAUUGUUUUGAGAUGAUGUCAAGAGAUGAAGCUCGUCAUGCUGGCUUCCUAAACAAAGCAAUGGCAGAUUUCAAUCUAUCUCUUGACUUAGGAUUUUUAACUAAAAGCAGAAAAUACACCUUUUUUAGUCCCAAGUUUAUAUUUUAUGCUACAUUUUUAUCAGAAAAAAUAGUUGGUGCCAAGAUGAAAAUCGGCAUGGUGAUUUUUUUGCUAUUUUAUUAUAUUCACAACCAAAGAUGUUAAAAACAUUCCAGUCUAAAUUAUGGUGUAAGUUUUUUUUAUUAAGCGUGUUUUUAACGAUGUAUUUAAAUGAUCUCCAAAGAAGUGAUUUUUACAGGUCAUUAGGGAUUGAUGCACGCCAAUUUGAUAUACAGGUUAUUAGAAAAACAAAUGAAAGUGCUGCUAGAGUUUUUCCGGUCUCAUUGGACCUUAAUAAUGGCAAGUUCUUUAAAUACUUUGAUAAUUGCGCUCGUUACAAUAGAAAAAUAAUGGAAAUUGAAAAAAAAUCUAAUAACAAAAUAUAUAAAAAUAUACAGAAAAUCCCAUUUAUAAUAUUAUUAUUGAUUGAUUUUAUUAAACUGUUUUUUUUAAAAUCAAUUGAUACUAACUUCACUUUAAAUGUGAUUAAGUCAAUUUAAUAAAACUAUAAGCAUAUAAACAAUAAUAAUCAAAAUGAAAAAAAAACUUAAAACUUUACGUUCAGCUUUGAAGAGAUUUACUAUAACAGGCAACAAAAAAAUAUUGCAUUAUAAAGUUGGAAAAAAUCAUCUAUUAAGUAAAAAGAAUAAAAAAAGAAAAAGACAUUUAUCUGCUAAAGUAAUAAUUAAUGAAUAUAUUAAUAAAACACAAAUUAAUAAAUUAUUGCCAUAUAUUUAAUAUUUAUUAUUAAAUAAAUGCAUAUUAAUAAAUAUAAAAAUAGGGAU